AGAUGGCGCCAUUUUGUUAUUAACUGGUAUGCACCAUAUUGCAAGCUAGAACCAAACUCCGUUUUGCUGAAGUAAUAUGCUUCUAUCUAACAUAUGCCUAGUAUCCAACAUUAUAUUUUUGGCUUUUUAUCCAAGCAAUGGUGCUAGUCUAAAGAAAGUUAUUGUUGUGUUUAGACAUGGGGAUCGUAGCCCUAUUGGAACGUAUAAGAAUGAUCCAUAUAUAACGGAAGAGUAUUGGCCACAAGGAUUGCUACAAUUAACUCAAAAAGGAAUGUAUCAAGAAUACAAUCUUGGGAAGUUUCUGAAGAAACGAUACAUGAUGAACGAAAACCUAUUGAACUCUACGUACAAGAAAAGUGAGAUCUUUGUAGAAAGUACUGAUACGGAUCGUACGUUAAUGUCUGCACAAAGCGUUUUGAAUGGCCUUUAUCCACCAGUUGGAAAUCAAAUAUGGCGUAAGGGUCUAGAUUGGCAACCCAUACCCGUUCAUACAACAACGUAUGAUUUGAUAUUAGGAGAUUAUGAGUGUAAAGCAUUAGCAGAUGCUAUUAGUGAGACUAGAAAGUCGAAAAAUUUUACAGAAACAACUAAAAUGUAUAAGAAAUUUAUCAACAAAAUUAACACCAACACUGGAGAGAACUAUAAAACGAUUGAAGAUAUUUCUCCCUUUUGUGAUAAUGCUUUUUGUAAUAGUCAACAUAACAACACGCUUAAGUGGCUGAGUCACGAAGAACUUGAAAAAUGUACAGAUUUUGUUCCAGCUUACGACGGUUGGUUUCAAAGAGGUUCUGAAAAGAAGGCAAAGUAUGGUUUGGGAUUUUUUUUCGCCAACAUGUCUGAACUCUUUCACAAUGCUAAAGAUCAUAAAAUUCAAAGAAAGUUAACUUUAUUCUCUGCUCAUGACACAACUAUUAUUUCAUUUUUCUAUGGUUUGGGUGCGAAAUUCGUAGCUCAACCAACUUAUUCCUCUGCUGUUAUGACUGAAUUAUGGCAGGACAAAAAUGAAUGGCAAAUUAAAUUAGCUUAUAGGACUUUGUCAAAAGACGGCAAGGAAAUAGUUAAACCUGUAAAGGUUAAAGGUUGCAGCAAUAGUGAAUUUUGUUCAUUCGACGAAUUUAUGAAAAUAAUAGAUAAAGUAAAGCUUACCAGAGAUGAAUAUAACGACGCUUGUGUGGAAACAGAGGUGAAGAAAUUGUCGGUAGCAACUAUUAUAGCUAUUGUUGCUUCAAUCAUUAUUUGUUUACUAGCAUCAUUUUUAGUCCUAUCAUGGCUAAGAAGGAAAUCUUCUCCUACCCCGUUUUAUACUGCAAUUCAUAGAGGCAGUUAA